AUGGACUUGAGCUCCGCUGCGCACGACGUCUCUGCUCACAACUUGCCUUCGCCUUCUCCAGGUCCCCCCUCAAACAAGCGCCGCCGGAUCGAAUCCGACGAUGCGGGGGACACCUCUACUCAGGCGACGCGCCACCCACGGUUUUGGUACCAUGAUGGCUCAAUCGUCCUGCAUGUUGAGAAUACCCUCUUUCGUGUGCACCAAUCCGUCAUCUCCCUCCACUCGGAAGUCUUCGCCGACAUGCUCGCUGUUCCACAGCCCGUCGGAGAGGAUCAGUUGGAAGGGUGCCAUAUAGUCCGCUUGCACGAUGACACUGCUCUCGAUUGGGAGAAGCUUCUGGUCGUCCUGUACGACGCACUCCAUCUGGAGAAGUUCCAACCCCCCAAAGACCACACUCGCGCGAUCAUAGCCUUUCUACCCGGACUCCUGCGCAUCUCUACCAAGUACCGCUUCCGCGCCUUCCGUCAGAAAGCCAUCUCCAUCCUCACUACGCUCUUCUCGUCCGAUCUCCCGCCCGAAGACGCGUGCAAGUGGAGGCCCUCCUUCGCGAUCGAAGUCAUCCAGAUCGCGCGCGAAGUCAACAUCCUCGAGGUCCUUCCCUACGCGUACCUCUGCCUCACCGACGCUCUCAAGGACUCCGACGACAUCUACAAGCUUCCGCAGCUCGACUGGAUGGAUAAGGCCGCGGCGCUGUCUGGUAUGAUUGGCGUCGCGCAGGAGCAGGCGAAGCACAUGUUCCCCUUCGUUUUUAACCGGCAGCCGGCUCCGGGCUGCAAUGGCGUGGGGCCCACCGGCGGCGCAUGCGUCUUACUGCACUUCAAGCGCGUACGGGACCAGCCGCAUAAGACGUGGUGGUUCUACCCAGUCCAGUGGGGAAAGAUGGGUGUCUGUCAGGCGUGCGAGGCGCCGAUGCGUAGCACGUAUCAGGAAGGUCGAGCGAAGGUGUGGGAGAUGCUUCCAAAGUUGUUCUGCUUGGCGGAGAGCUGGGAGGACCUCAAGCGAAUACAGAACUACGACGGCUGAAGCUUACGACCUUCCGAUGCGCAAAUUGUUCCGAACUUUAACUCACAAGUGGUCUCGUUCAUGUUUUCUCCUUGGAAGUUCUACGACGCUCAUGACAUUGACAACCUCAUUUUCCUCCUUCGACUCUCCCAUCACAGAUGCAUGGCCCGACACGCCUACCGUUUUCUGGAAGAUCAGACGUCCUCUUGCAUAUUGACUCUUCUUUUGCGCGGGUGCAUAGUUCGCCCGGACGGUACACGUACGCCUCGUUACUUAUGGCAUUGCUAUUGAUCUGUGUUGUAUGCUCGAACGCCUCGGUCCCCAAAUUGAACAUGCCGAGGAUCACUGCUUU